CAUUCUGGGAUGGCAAAAUGGAGGCGCCUAUGGUUGUCUGCAAGCUUUAUGUAGUCGUCCACUGUGAUGAAUAGAAGAUCAAACCACUUAAUUUAAACACCAGCUACACUCUUAACAUUAACAUACAAUAUGGGGCUUUUAUUUUUCUGCAGAGGAGCGUUCACGUCCGCUAAUCGUGUCGGAAAAUACGGUGGUCGGUGUUUGUGCGUAACGUUGAACGUCUCCGGUGCUUCAGCUCCGUCAGGAAUACAAGUGAAGAGGUACAGCAGCCAGGGGACGAAUAACGGAGGAGUUGCACCGGGACAGUUUGUGUGCUACCACCUUUGUCACCGGACCUUACUGAAAAUCCAGGGACAAGACACGAGCCCGUUCCUUCAGGGGAUUAUAACCAAUGACAUGACGCUGCUGGAGGAGCCUGCACACAAAGUCAUGUACUCACAUAUGCUGAAUGUGCAAGGAAGGACACUAUAUGACAUCAUGUUGUACAGUCUAAAAGAAGCUGAAGCAGGACAGGGGGUUUUCCUGGAGUGCGACUGCACAGUUAAAGACUCAAUCUUGAGACAUUUGAAGGUGUACAAGAUUCGCAGAAAGAUCACCAUAAACCCUUGUCCCGACCUCUCUGUAUGGGCUGUACUUCCAAAGCACAAGAGCACGGGUGAAGAGGCCAGUACACCGGAGCUCUCCUCCCCAGAAAAAGCUUUGGUGUGGGAGACUGAUCCUCGAACUCAGAUGAUGGGCUGGAGACUGGUGGUGGACAGUCAGUCGACCCCGGAGGUCAUUUCAUCAUGUCAGAAAGGUGACACAGAGGAGUAUCACAAACAUCGCUAUGCGCUAGGACUUCCUGAGGGGGUGAAGGACCUACCCCCUGGGACGGCACUACCACUAGAGUCGAAUCUAGUCUUCAUGCAGGGUAUCAGCUUUAGCAAAGGCUGCUACAUUGGCCAGGAGCUCACAGCCAGGACUCAUCACACUGGGGUGAUUCGCAAACGCCUGAUGCCAGCACGCUUGUCAGCUCCAGUGUCAGACCUCGAGGACGGAGCUUCCCUGCAAACACAGUCCGGCAAGCCAGCUGGGAAGUACCGAGCAGGGGUUGGAGAGCUGGGUCUGAGCCUAAUCCGUAUGGCACAUGCCAAAGAGGUAUUGACGCUUAAAUCUUCUGACGACACCAAAGUGACACUCGAGGUGGCUGUGCCAGACUGGUGGCCUAAAGACGUGAAAGUCAACUGAAGACAAGGAUGUUUUACAGUUCCCUUCAAAUGUGAUGUACAUCAAAUCUGACAGACGUCUCUUGAAAAGAACCCUGAAGUACAGUAUGUUACACUGUCAUUGCUUAACAGCUGUGUGGCACUGACCCAGAAAUGGGUGUUUUUUUUUUGUUUUUUGCAAUAAAACUUACUUUAAGAGUGAUUUUACCCAAAUUAUUAAGAUUAUUUAAAACACAAAUAUGAUACUAAAAAUAUCUGUUUUUCAGCACUAUAGAAUUAUGUUUAUGGUAUUGGUUGUUGAAUAAAU